AGCACACGCAGGCACAGAGGCAUGAGAAGGUGCAGUGUUCAAACCACGAUGCAACACAUACGCUCGUUCUCUCCCCUGAUGGGAAGCUUUCUGAACACUGGGCUACAGCUUCAGCUGACUGCUCUACGACAAGGGUGGUGAAAGAACUAGGAAACCAAGACAUUGUUCAAAUAGCAUGUGGGGACCAGCACGCCAUGGCGCUGUCCAGAGGAGGUCAGCUCUUCACCUGGGGCCAGAAUGCCCACGGACAGCUUGGAGUGGGGAGCCAAACCACGCUCAUCCCCCAACCACAGCUGGUGGAAAGACUAAAGGGCCUCUCACUCGCUCAGAUUGCUGCUGGAGGAGCUCACAGCGCUGUCGUGUCACUCUCUGGAGCUGUGUACUCCUGGGGAAAGAAUGAUUUUGGACAGCUGGGACUCGGAGACACAGAAGACAGGGACUGCCCAUCGUACGUAGGAGCAUUAGAGCACUGGAAGGCUGUAUUUAUCUCAUGUGGGGCAGAUCAUACUGCAGUUCUCUCCAAGGAGGGGUUGGUGUGCACCUUUGGAGCAGGAGGGGCUGGCCAGCUCGGUCACAACUCCACCCGGAAUGAACUCACACCUCGCGUGGUGGCCGAGCUGUGGGGAGCAAGAGUUUCACAGAUUGCCUGCGGCAGUCAGCACACCCUGGUCUAUGUCCCCUCCUUGGACAAAGCCUAUUCGUUUGGUGAAGAAAGACAGCUGGGAGACAAGAGAAAGCCUAAUCAGUUGAUACCACUUCCCAUCGAUUCACCAGUGAAUACUGGAAAAUCCUAUUGGGCAAAGAAAAAGUCACAAAAGGUGACUGGAAUUAUUGCACAAGGAAACCAAAGUAUUGUCCUUCGCAGGAAAAAGAAUUCCUAUGUGAAUGGAAUUGCCACUCUGAAGCAUGAAGACAUGGGUGCGUGGAUUUCUGAUUGCAGUUCGCAACACUGGAAGAGUGUGAAAAAGAGUAUCGGACUGAUCUUUUCAUCUGAGGCUUGCAUCAAUGGAAGCUUCCUGGAGAAAAGAGACAAACAUUUCAAAACUUCCAGAGAAGUCUCGGGUGUGGACAUGUCAGAAGUGCAACGUUUUUAUGUGAUGAUCAGCAAGAAGCCAAGAGUCUUCCAGGAGGUGCAAAAGGAGAUUGAGAAGUUAUUGCCAUCAUUGUCUUCCUCUCCCAUCUCACCUGAAAAUUUCAGAGUCUACUUGAUCUUGCCUUUCCUUCUGCAGGGAGAGGAUGACAGCUCUUACCGUUCUCUCGGGCUGCUAGCACAAGCCAUCAUGAAACUCAAGCCACAGGACCUGCAAACUCUUGAGUGCCUGUGGUCAAAUCUAGAAACAUACUUUUUCAAGCAGCUGGUCAUUCUAUAUCAGAGGGUUUCCCAGAAAAACCUGCUUCAAUUUAUCAUGAAAGUCAGAGAUUGGCAAAGAACCUUCAACCUGCACCCAGAUGAAACAGUGACUCUGGAAAUACUGCAGAUUCUUUACCAGGUGAACUCCAGAACUGGUUUCAGAGUACAAGCAAACAACUUCUACGUGCCUGAAGUGAAACAGAUUGUCACAUUGUUUAAUGAAAAAAUGGCCCUGUGGAAGCUGACCAAAUAUCCAUGCAUCUUUGACAUGCAAGACAAGAUCGCUGUUCAUUACAAAGAAUGCAUCUUUCUGUCCAGCUCCUUUAAUGAUACAAGCUUAAUACCGACGGGCCAGGAAUGCUGGCUUUUUCCGGUCAAAAGACAGUGCCUUCUGCAAGACAUAUGGACCCAUUUAAAUAACGCACAAACCAAGCAAUUCAAGAUGAUCUUAAAGGCUAGUUUGCUGUACAUGAAAAACCUGGUGGCUGGGGAGCCAGCCUUAGAGGCCAGCAAGUGA